AUGGACUGUAUGAUUUACUAUGUCAAUCAAGCUGCCCACCGAAAACUGACCUCGAAGAUCUUCUGUUUAUGCUGCAGGGAUUGUCAGGAGAUCAAUUCCAGUGACAACUCCACAGUUAUCAGUCAAACCCAAGAGUAUCAGACAUCAACCCACAGCCUGCAGCUUCAGAAGGAUGAGCUCAACAGACAAAAUCCCAAACAUGCGAAUGCAGCCUCCCACUUGCCUUCAGAACAGCCCCUGAUCCAUCCAGAAAAGAACACUUCCUCCAGCAGCAGUGAGUUUGAGGAUCCGAACACAAAGGCUUCCCAGAGAAAUUUUUAUAAGAGAAACAUAAACCGCUACUCCCAGGAGCGAGGGCCAUUCCAGUCGUGCUUCAUUGGCAGGUCCUGAGCAUUCUAGACG